AUGUCUUCGUCUACGGCACAGCUGCUGAGGGGCCUGACAGGUCUCACCCAGAGGCUCCCGGUGCAGCGUGCCCAGAUCCAUUCCAAGCCUCCGCGGGAGGAGCUCGGGACCAUGGAUGCUGCCGUCAGGCUCACCUCCUGCUUCCUGUGUUUCCUCCUGCCAUCGGACUGGGUCCUGUCGCAUCUGGAGAGCUACAAGAAGUGGGAGUGAAGGGGGCUGUCCUGUCCCUCACCCUGUGACCUGACCACCCCUGGCCUCUCCUGAUCAUGCCUGCUGCAUCCCUGGCUGAGCUCGGAAGAG